ACAGACUGGACAGUCCGCUUUCCGCGCACGGAUAACAAGAGUGAGAGCGUGUUCCGGAUAGAGAGAGGAGCAAGUGGAGGACGAAAAUUAGCAAGAGGAAAAAGUGAGCGGAAAACAAACAGAAAAGACGCAAGGACGCACAAGUGUUUUCCCAUCUGGAAAGAGAGAGAAGAGGACGAAAGUGUGUGAGUGUGUGUGAAAGGAAGAGAGUGUGUGCGCGCCUUCAGCACUCUCCACUUCUUACACCACCACCUCCAUGUCGCUCCCCGGCUCCCCUCCGCUCCUUUCGCCGGGCUCGAGCGCCCCAACUCCGGCCGCGCUCUACCGCUCGCCCCCAGACGCGCACCUCACCUCAGUGGCGUCCACCGGUACCUCCAGCCCGGCGCACACCAACUCACACUCUCACCCCCACUCCCUGUCCCCGUCUCCGCGGCUCACCAGCAGCAUGCUCAGCGCUUUCCUGCCAGGCUUGGGCAACGGCGGCGCCGCCCCGCUUGUGUCCGGAGGCGGUGCCGCUCUAGGUCCUCUCAGUGGGCUCGGCUCGCUGAACGCGGCCGGCCUGACCCCCGGUUCCCCCGGCUUGGCGCAGACCUCAUCCAGCCCGGGUCUGUGCAGCGAGUGCAAACUGGUGGAGGUGCACGGCGUGAAGGUGGCCAGCUUCAGUGUGGACGGCCAGGAGCUCAUCUGCCUGCCGCAGGUGUUCGACCUCUUCCUGAAGCACCUGGUGGGCGGGCUGCACACCGUCUACACCAAGCUGAAGAGGCUGGACAUCUCGCCUGUGGUGUGCACCGUGGAGCAGGUGCGCGUCCUGCGGGGGCUCGGCGCCAUCCAGCCCGGCGUGAACCGCUGCAAGCUCAUCUCCAGGAAGGACUUCGAGACGCUGUACCAGGACUGCACCAGCGCCAGCUCUCGUCCAGGCCGUCCUCCAAAGCGCUGUUCUGGUGCAGGGAUCCAGGAAAGCCCCAGGCUGCUGCACCCGGGCCUCCCCGGCCUGCUGUCCCCCAACCUGCUGUCACACACCGGUCUGACAGCAGCAGCCAUGGCUGAGCUCCAGAAGCUGCAGAAGAUGAAGAUGAUGAUGAGUCUCCAGAACGGCAACGAGUCAGACAACGACGACUUGCACUCCAACACAGGAGGGAGUGAGUGUUCCUGGGAUAAAGAGCGUCUGACCAGCCCCUCAGCUGGAGCCCACAGUGGAGGACCAGGAGGUGGAGGAGCACCAGUAGGAGCAGCGGGAGGAGGAGGUGGUGGAGCAGCAGGAGGAGGAGGCGGCAGCGGUGGGAGGGGGCCGGCCCUUGGAGCUGUCAAUCAGCAACAACUCCAGCAGCAGCAACAGCAGCUACUGGCUAAUAGGUUGGACCUGCCCUUCAUGAUGAUGCCCCACCCUCUGCUGCCCAUGGGCCUGCCGCCUGCAUCUGUAGCCAUGGCGAUGUCACAGAUGAACCACCUCAACACCAUCGCCAACAUGGCCGCCGCAGCCCAGCAGAUACACACUCAUGUACACCGCGCGCCUGUCAUCAAGGAGAGGGUGUGCGACAGUCCCUCUCUCUCUCCAUCUGUUGACGAGACCAACACUCCUCUGCAGUCGCAGCCCAGCAGCUCGGCCUCCAGCUCGCCUGAAAGACUGGGAUUGGUGUCAGCUGACGCAGAUGUUGCACUGCCCAACCCCGCUGCACCCAUCAAGAAAAUAACAAAGGACAAAGAAGAGUCUUCGCUGGGACAAGCCCUGCCCCCUGGCUUCCCUGCUCCGUUCCUAUUCGCUGACGGCCUGUCGUCAGUGGAGACCCUGCUCACCAACAUACAGGGCCUGCUGAAGGUGGCGGUGGAGAACGCCCGGGUGCAGGACAAACAGAUCCAGGCGGAGAAACGAGAGCUGAAGAUGGAGCUCUACAGAGAAAGAGAGAUGAGGGAGAGUCUGGAACGACAGCUCACCUCCGAACUACAGAGCAGAGCCUCCAUCCAGAAGCGCCUGAAGAAGGAGAAGAAGGCCAAGAGGAAGCUGCAGGAAGCGCUGGAGUUUGAGUCAAAAAGGAGGGAGAGAGUGGAGGACGCUCUGAAACACUCGUCCUCGUCCUCUCCUGAGCCGCUGCACGUCGCCAACAACACCAAGAACGACGCUGCUGUAGCCGAGGAUAAACCUGAACUUAAUGGAAACCAGCAAGACAACAGCGCUGUACAAGAAUCCCGGGCGUUUCUGAAGACCCCCAUGAUGUUCUAGAAAGAAGGACUCCGCCUCCAGAAACCCCCACCCCCACCUCCUCCCCCCUCCUGCACAGAAGAACUCCACCAGCCCGUUUCCACAGCUGUAGCCUGGAUCACCACUGCAACGACCUCCCCAGGCGGGACCCUAUCUUUGCUACGCGCAAACUUUUUUUGAUGUUGCUAUAAAGCGAUGAGACUACUAGGAGACACACACCCCUGAUCUGGACUCGCUGGGGGUCGUCUCGCUAUUUCUUUCUUCUUUUUGGGACAAACUUCACUCCUGUCAUUCCUCUUUUUCUCUCCCUGCAUCAGGACUUCUCUCAUCCCUCGUUUGUUUGGAAAACUGAAAAAAAAAAUUAAAAAAUCAUUCCCGCUCUCGUCAUCACAAAUAGGUUGGACAUCGUGUGGAAAAAUAACACCAAGGAUCAAUUCAAGACUUGUUAAAUGGUCCAAGUGUUUGAUUGUUGCAGACAAGAAACAAAUGGAUGGAUGAAAAAAAUAAUGACGAAAAUGUUUUUCUUUACAUUCCCCUAAAGAAAUAUUGAAAACAAAAGAUUCAAACCCCUAACUUCAACGUCAACCUCAUUGGCUGGCUCUCUCAGCACCCUCUGAUUGGACGGUUAUCAGCUAAUUGGAGGAAGAGGGGGUUUUGGAAAAAGAAGGGGAAAAAAAACUGAAGCAAGGAAGGAGGAGGAAAACAAACUUGGGAGGCUAUUUCUGUCUCUCUGUUUCAUUGAGUUUUGUUUUCUGUACAGGGACUGAAAAAACAUGCAUGGGAAAACAUUUCUUAUGUUGUCAUUUGGCUUAUUUUAACCUCCGUACACUCUUAACUCCAGACAACUCUUGUUCUCCGUUAUACUCUCUUUUCUUCAUUCCUUUAUUUUCUUCCUGUUUCCUAUGAAUCAGCUCCUCUUCCUCUUCUGUCGCUACUUCUUUAUUUGCUUGACUCUUUCCCCCUUUGUCUUACUCCUUUAUUUUCUCUUUUCUCUCUCUGUAAGGAGGCAUUACUCUAAAAUUGUUGGAUGCAGCUUUUCAAUGUAUGAAGUAUUUUCUAUCACCCUUAACCUGUGAAAUCAGUUUCUCAAAUGAUGCAAAAGUUACAAAAAAAACAAAAAACAGCAAACCCUUUUUUUGUAUUACAAUGGAGUGAUUUUUAGACACGAUAUUAUAUCCUAAAAAAAACAAAAACAAAAACAAAAACAAAAAAAAAAACAAAAAAAAACAAAGGUACGUUGACUUCUCUUCCUUGACUUUGGAACUUUUCACCUUUUGAUCCCCAGUUUCCUGUGACCAGGAAGUAGUAUUUGAGUUUCUAAUGUUCUGAUGUCAAUUUAAAAACAAGGAGCAGUUCAUUUGUGUGUCUUAAACGCCUCCCAUGCAAACUUUUAUCAUAACCUUCCAUAAUAACUUAAAUUCAAUUUGAUCCCUUUUUGGUUGGAUUUUGUGAACUUAUCCCUGAAAUCAAGCGCUCCUCAGCUACAUCAAACACAAGAAACUUUUUAUUCCCCUGAUUUUCUGACCUACUAAGAGUGCAGACUGUUGUGUUGCAGUUUUGUUUAUUCCACUGUGUGUUUUAUUUGUUUAUUUGUUGAUUACUAUUUGAAAUGUGUACGUGAGGGAUGAGGGUGGGGUGUGGGAUUAAAAGGGAUAUUCCUUGUAGAUAGAAACAACAUUCAGCGUUUUCUUGUUUUUGUUUUGUUUUUUUCUCCUGAUGACUCUCACUGUUCUCUGGGUUUGAGCUGACUGCAAAUAUACAGUAUUAUAAUGA